GAGGUGGUCGGGGGAGGCGGUCAAGCUAGGGUUCUUGCAAUUUGGGGAGGCUGCAAGUUUCAACUAUUCCUCCAUCAGGAUCCCAGGAGACGAUGAUGUCCAAAGAACGUGCUGUACUUUUGUCAGUGUUCCUUCUGUUCAAGUUUUUUUCCAAGGACUUGAUCAUUCCUGCAUUCAUAGCUUGCUCCAUCCAUGUGAUUGAUGCUCUCCUUGUCAUGCUACCUCCUUCUAUAAAACAUUUUCUUACCAAAGAAUGUAAUUAUAAGGAUGCUGUAUCGUGGACUCCACUUAUCCACGCAGUUUCAGUAGACUUCGUCAAGUCACGGGUUUUAGCUUCAAUUCCUGGAUUUUUCUUUCGCAUGUGGUAUGCUGCUAAGAAAUAUUGUCUAGCAAACAAUGUUUUGGGAAUUUCUUCCCAUAUCCAGGGGGUCGAGAUGCUAUCUCUGGGACCGCUUAAGACUCUUACUAUCCUCCCAGUAUGGGUUUACUCAGUUUUUUCCUUGCUUACCAGUGCUGACACUGUAAUACCUGGUAUAUUUGUUGCACUUGCCCUGCCUGGUGUGAUUGGUUUUGUUGCUGUUCACUGUUUACGGGAUGGAGAAGUAAAACAGGAUGACACCAAUCAGCUGAUGGGUAAAGUGUGGGAUUGGAACAUGUAUGGGGCCAAACUGAAGUUUGAUGGAUGGGUUCCUCACACUGCCAAUGAGGAUGGUGAAAGAGGCGAGGAUGAUGCCACCGCUCUCCCAGAGAAUGGCGGGGAUGGCGCUGAGGACGGCGGGGAUGGUGCUGAGGAUGGCGGGGAUGGCGCUGAGGAUGGCGGGGAUGGCGCUGAGGAUGGCGGUAGUGGCCCUGGUGAUGGUGGCAGUGACCCUGAGGACAGCAAUGAUGAUAGUGUACCACAUAUUCAACCAUUUGGCCAACGUGCGGUGCAAUUGUUGGCCAUUUGUGCAGACUUCCCUAUCUGCGAAAUCAUUGGCUAUGACUGGCAGCAUUCUCGGUACAUCUAUGUGCAGCCCGAGGGGGGAGUACAAGAGGAAGGAAUGGUCGAUUUGGUGCCUAUUGGACCCCGUGAAAUUCUCAUGGCUUAUACUUCCUUCGGCUUGGAAGUUUAUACCGACAACGAGUCUGGUCCUCCCAUCACAGAUGCGUGGGUUGUUGAUGACGACGAAGAAAUUGAGGAAUACACACAAACCAUCUGUGCAGGCCCUAGCCGCAAGUUGGAGAUCACAUACUUGGUGAUUCCCUCCGCCAUUGAGGCCAAAGUUGAGGUGAAGUUAAAGUUGAAAGACAUUGGUUCCAGAAGCCGUGCCAUUUAUGGUAAGAUCAAGGCAAGUGCCACUGACUAUAGGAACAAAAGCGUACACCUCUUCAGUUGUGAACGAGGGAGGAGCUUGUCCUUUCCCUCAGGCUCCACAUCCAUUCUUCUGUUGAGGCCGUGUAAGGUUGCCGUGCCUUCUCGUUUGCAGCUCGAACUCAACAUAGAAGUGGACCUGGCAGUAAUCACAAGCGAUAGUCAAGAAGAGCAGGACAAGAAUUUAAAAUGCAUUCUAGAAUUCACUCGUGAAAUUAUGAGCCACAAAAGAGAAGUUGAUGAUGAUGAAGUUGAAGUGAACAUCAUGUGGUAUCCUAUCGGUUAAUACUUGGUACCACGAACUGAGACGUAAUGUAGUAGUGGCAGCGCUAGAUGACUAUGAACUAAGUGAAGGGGUGUUAUAGUAGUCACAACACAAAAUCUGGAACUUUGUGUAUGUUUGACAGGUGAUCUUAUCUAUUUCCUUUUCCGUUUGAUCAAUUCAUGUCGUUUUUAUUUGAACUGAA